AUGGCCUGUGACUUUUCUGCUGGUAACCAGCACUGCCACCAGCGCCAUUUACCUAUCAAUAAGGGCACCCAAAAUGGAGUUAAUCCUGACUGGGAGAAGAAAGUCAUUGAAUACUUCAAGGAAAAGCUGAAGGAAAACAAUGCUCCUAAAUGGGUACCAUCAUUGAAUGAAGUUCCCCUUCAUUAUUUGAAACCUAACAGCUUUGUCAAGUUCCGUUGCAUGAUUCAGGAUAUGUUUGACCCUGAGUUUUACAUGGGAGUUUAUGAGACGGUUAAUCAGAACACAAAAGCACGAGUUCUUCACUUUGGAAAAUACAGGGAUAUAGCAGAAUGUGGGCCUCAACAAGAGCUUGACUUAAGCUCUCCACGAUCUGCCACUGCAGAAAGACAGACCUUUUACUGUGUUCCAGUGCCUGGGGAGUCUUCGUGGGUCAAAGAGGCCUAUGUCAAUGCAAACCAAGCUCGAGUCAGUCCCUCGACUUCCUAUACUCCCAGUCGUCACAAGAGGAGUUAUGAAGAUGAUGAAGAUAUGGACCUGCAGCCCAAUAAACAGAAAGACCAGCAUGCAGGUGCCCGGCAGGCAGGGGGCCUUAGUGGCCUUCACUGGUGCGGAGAGCCGAAACGCUUAGAAACUGAAGCUUCUACUGGGCAGCAGCUGAACUCCUUGAACCUCUCUUCCCCAUUUGAUCUGAACUUCCCCUUGCCAGGAGAGAAGGGCCCUGCCUGCCUCGUUAAGGUAUAUGAAGAUUGGGAUUGCUUCAAAGUCAACGAUGUCCUUGAGUUAUAUGGUGUGCUGUCUGUGGAUCCUGUCCUGAGCAUACUGAAUAAUGAAGAAAGGGAUGCCUCUGCACUCCUGGACCCCAUGGAGUGCACAGACAUGGCAGAAGAGCAGAGGGUGCAUAGUCCUCCAGCUUCGUUAGUGCCAAGAAUUCAUGUGAUUUUAGCCCAGAAGUUGCAGCACAUCAAUCCUUUGUUACCCACUUGCCUUAACAAAGAAGAAAGCAGAGCCUGUAAGUUUGUAUCCAGUUUCAUGUCUGAGUUGUCUCCGGUCAGAGCAGAGCUGCUUGGAUUCCUCACUCACGCACUCUUGGGAGAUAGUUUGGCCGCUGAGUACCUAAUACUGCAUCUCAUCUCAACAGUAUAUACAAGAAGAGAUGUUCUUCCACUAGGAAAAUUUACAGUUAACCUGAGUGGCUGCCCACAAAAUAGUACCUUCACAGAACACCUAUAUCGGAUCAUUCAGCACCUAGUUCCAGCAUCUUUCCGUCUGCAGAUGACAAUAGAAAACAUGAACCAGCUGAAACUCAUUCCCCACAAAGACUAUACGGCCAACCGAUUGGUCAGUGGUCUCCUCCAGCUGCCCAACAACACGUCCCUGGUCAUUGAUGAAACUCUUCUAGAACAAGGGCAGUUGGAUACCCCAGGUGUUCAUAAUGUGACUGCCCUGAGCAACCUGAUCACCUGGCAGAAGGUAGAUUAUGACUUCAGUUAUCACCAGAUGGAGUUCCCGUGCAACAUCAACGUUCUCAUCACAUCCGAGGGGAGGUCACUGCUCCCGGCAGACUGCCAGAUUCACUUACAGCCCCAGCUGAUCCCACCCAACAUGGAGGAGUAUAUGAACGGUCUUCUGGCGGCCGUGCUGCCCUCUGUGCUCAGCAAGUUCCGCAUCUACCUGACCCUCUUGAGGUUUCUAGAUUACAGCAUAUCAGAUGAAGUCACCAAGGCAGUUGAAGAUGAUUUUGUGGAAAUGCGUAAAAAUGACCCUCAGAGUAUCACAGCUGAUGAUCUCCACCAGUUGCUCGUGGUGGCUCGGUUUCUGUCUCUGAGUGCUGGUCAGACAACACUGUCAAGAGAACGGUGGCUAAGAGCAAAGCAGCUGGAGUCUUCCAGAAAACACAGGCUUCAGCAGCACAAGUGUGUGAAUGGGAAUGAACUUUAGAAGAGAAUGGGCCGUCUAUACCCUCCGUGUUGUACAAUUCAGACUCGUUUAUACUAUAUUGUUUUAUAAAUAAUUUGUAUCCAAAAACAAUGACUUCCUGAAAUCAAGCCUGAUGACGUCUAAAGUUUAUAUGAUUCUCUGUAAGGGCUUUUACCUUACUGGUUUUAUGGAAUUUUGGAGUUUGUUUUAUAAUAGUUAUGAUGUACAAAGAUGUAUUUGAUAUUAAAGGUUUGAUAAUGAUAAUGUUGCUGAUCAUACACCAUUUCCUUAGCCAUGGCUGCAUCUUGGGCCAGACUCUUGAAGUGCCAGCUUCACCUGAGGAGUUACUGGAAGAGCUGUAUGCUCAUUUUGGUCUGGUCUGAGUAUGUCUAGGGGAUGGACUUGCCACUGACUCAUGUGAACUCUCUAGUGUCAUUUUCCACAUAUCUGGCCACAGAAACUCUUUCUCACUUACCAGCUACUAACAGCCUGCAGAAUUAGGCUUUUCCACGGCAGGAGUUCCCAACUUUUGGAUUUCAUAGACUAGUGUACCUCCAAAGAUUUCUGGGGUAGAGUUGCCAAUUGAUUUUGCCAAGUCAUUUGAAAGAAAAAUCACUGUGAUCACCCAUUUGUUUUCAUACAAGGACACUCUGACAAGAGACUCUUUUGAUGGAAUAAAUGCAGCUUUGUGAAGGUCACUCCAUUGUCCUUAGCUUUUCUCAUACCCUGUAUUUGGGAACUAUCAUUUUAAUGGACUCUGAAGGGAAUGCUGCCACACAGAACCUUGUCCAAACGUGAAAAAGUAGAUUUAAAUUGUAAACUUUGAGGGGGGUUAGAAUCUUUCUAUGGUGCUGUGUAUUGAACCCUGGCCCCUCAUGCUAGAGAAGUACUAAACCACAGCCUGUGGAGGGUGGGAACUUUUGGUCAUUUAGCUGAUUUGAUGAUUGUACUGCAUUUUGAGCUUUUAAUAUAAGUUUAUCAGAUAGUUUCCAAGUGUGUUAGAUGGAUAACAUCAUUUGCUAGUGCAGUAAAGCCCCAUACAGUUAUAGGUAGGUUUUCCUCAGAUCUAUUCAUUUUGAGAUGUAUAUUUUCAAAUAAGCAAGUUAUUACUUAUAAUUUGCAAAUUAAUAUAGUAUAACAGUGAUUGUGGCAACAAUAAUCUUCAGAAAGGUUAAAACAUUGCUUUUAAGCCAUUUGUGAUGUACAUGAAGAUGGAUUCAUUUGGAAACAGAUGAAUUCAGUGAUCCCUUAUCUUUUUCCUAUUAAAGAGGCUUACAUUGACAUUGUUAACCAAGGAAACAGGGUCAGCCUUGAUAAAUCAAGGAGUUAGCCUAAUGAAAGGAAGUACAAACUACUAGUUGUUCAGCCUUCUUUUCCUAACCUCAAAUCUAUUUUUAUAAGCUAAUGUAAAUAAUGUUCAUAUUAGAAUUCUAACUGGUUUUCAUUUUUAUAACUGGUAGAUCUUCCUUCAACCUUUGAAAAUAAAAUGUUCACAUAGAUUUUUGAAAAUGCAUUUUUUCCUAGAACAAAGUUUUAGUUUAUCUUGUCCAGCAGUACCAAUGUAAACUAUAAUUUGCCAAAGAGAAGUCAUAAUUUUGCUUGAUCUUACGGAAAAGUUCCCUUGAGUAACCUUGUCUAGUAAAUAAAACUUCCAAAUCACCA